AUGCGUUAGUUAAGAAACUAAAGAUCAUAGCAAGAUUAAGGAUUUUCAUUUUAGUCUAAUCCACUUCCCAGUAAUAAUAAGUUUGAUAAAAAUUAAGAAGAAAGCAAAUGUGAAUAAUAUUGCAUGAGCUAAAGAGAUAUUGAAGGGUUUAAUACUGAUUUGAAUAUUUUCACUGCAAAAUAUAAAGUAUAUGAGAAUGUAGAUUUUUCUUCUCCAUCUUUUUACAAAAAAAAACAUAUUUUGAGUGAUGUGUAAGAAAAAGAAAAUGAAUUUUUAAAUCAAAUAAGUGACCAAAAAAGUCAGCAUUCAUAUGGAAAUAAUUUAGAUGAGUAUAAUAUAGUUAAAUCAAGCUACAGCUUGAACUCUCACAACUCUUAAAAACAGCAAAAUCAAGUAUAUGAGAGUGAAAGAAAGCCUAUUUUUGGACCUUUUACAAUUACUUAAAAAGAAAUUUUUAGUAAUCAUAAUAGCAAAAGUAAAAACUAAGAAUAAAAGAGUCUUUAUGAAUCAAUAGAAUAUACAAGAAGGAAUCCUUUUAGUUUUGAAAAAAAUUAAAUAUAAGAUAAUUAAAUAAGUGAAAUUAAAAAUGUGCCAAAAAAGAGAGAAAUGAGUGUAGAACAAGAGUAUGGCUAGGUUGUAAAUAAGACUAAAUAUAAUUAAACAAAUAAAUAACAACUAAAUAAUAAUGAUUUUGAUUUUAGUGAUCAUAAAGACAAAUCACAUAAAAAUGUUUUUGAUGAUAAUUAAGAAUAUUUUGGUUUUAAAAAUAUGAAUUAAGAAAACAAAAUUUAUGAAACACCAAACAACUUUGAAUAAAAAAGAAAAGGAAAAUAUAGAGCUCGAAUAAUAGAUUCAUCAAGUGCAAAGUAGUAGAACUUUAAUCAGAAUAGUAAUUAAUCAUGUACCUUCAAAAAUUUAAAUAAAUAAAUAGAUCUAAAUAAUAUAAUUUAAAAUCCUUCAUCGAAGAGAAGACUAACAAGGUCUACUAAUAUUCUUCAUGAAUCCUUUCAAAAACAAAUUUUCUAGAGGUAGGAAUCAUUAAAUUAAAAUAAAAGAAUGAGAAAUUCUAAUAAUAAGAAUGAAAUGAAAGAUGAAAGGAAUUAGACUUGCAUAAAUAAAACAAAGUAAGAAGAGUCUAAGAAGUUAAAAAAAUUGGUAAAAAAUAAAAGAAAAUCAGAAGGAAAGAACGAAUCGUUAACUUAAAAGUAAAAUCUAAUGUCAUAGCAACUCAAAAAUUGUGCAAUUUGUUUGGGAAUACCAGAAGAUAGUAUAUAUGGAGUUGUUUAAUGUUAGCAUGAAUUUUGCAUUGAUUGCAUUCUACAGUGGUCUGAAGUAACUAAUUUGUGUCCUAUGUGCAGAGCAGAAUUCAGCAAAAUAUAAAAAAAGAAUUAUAAUGAUUUAGAUUAUUAAGAAGUAAUAACUGUAGAACCAAAAAAACAAAGGAUAAAUGAUGAUGAUGAAUUUUAUUGGGAAGAGGUUGAUUCAUUUUUGGAUGAUGAUGGCCUCGAUGAAGUAUGCUACAUUUGUGAGACCAAUUAAGAUGAAAAUAAACUAAUAAUUUGUGACCACUGUGGGUUUAGAAUAUGUCACACGUAUUGUGAUGAUGAGUUGCUUGAUGACUAAGUACCUUUAGAAGAUUGGUUUUGUCAUGAGUGCAGACAAAGAUCAGAAUUAUUUGAUUGA